AUGCUUGUAGAUCUGAAUGUUCCUUGGCCACAGACCACCUUUUCUGAGCCUGUGAGCGAACAACAGAUUCGAGAAUUAACGAGCACGCUGGAGACCUUGCACACUCUGGGAUAUACUCAUUUGGCAUUAAAUUUUACGGUUAGCCACACUGACAAGUUCCCUACGUCCCUUAAGGAACUAAACCCAAUCAAAAUCGAGGUGUAUUUUGGGCAGCUGCUGAAAACCACGGGUUUGAAACUGUACUCUAGGAUCACACUGAUCAUAGAUGAUCCAUCCAAAGGGCAGUCGCUUUCCAAGAUCUCACAGGCCUUCGAUAUUGUGGCUGCUUUACCAGUUAGUGAAAAGGCCCUAACAUUAGCUACCUCCUCUUUGGAUAUCGAUUUACUCACGUUCCAAUACAAACAACGUCUUCCGACGUUUCUCAAGCACAAAAGUAUUUGUAGUUGUAUCGCCAGAGGAGUGAAGCUAGAAAUCGUAUACGCAUACGCAUUGAGAGACAUGCAGACAAGACGCCAAUUCAUACAAAAUGUAAAGAGUGUUGUCAGAAGCUCCCGCUCUCGGGGUAUAGUCAUCAGCAGUGGUGCUACCAAUGCCUUGGAGUGUCGAAACGUCUUGGGCGUCACUAGUCUCAUCAAAUAUCUUGGCCUUGAUAGCGACAAGUGCAUGAAGGCCAUGGCAGAUUUACCGGCUCUUGUGCUCCUCAAUGGCCGGCUCCGCACCAAGAGCCACAAGCAAACAGUCGUAAUUGGCGGUGGUGCCGAUACUGACAUCGUCAAUGAAACCGAUGCCAUAGACAGUGGUAAACUAAUCAAGAUCGUUAAACGCAAGAAGCCAGAAGAUUCGGUCCUUGAGGAUCCUCCUAACAAGAAGUCUCGAUCAUAG